CCCUUCCCUGGCUUCCAUUUGGGCGUAGCAGCAGAGGAGCAGUGUGCAAGGAAGCCGCGAGGGCGAGAGAGGUCGGCGCGAUUCGGAGAUGGGCAAGGGCGGCGAGCUGUGGGACGACUCCGCGCUGGUGGACGCCUUCGACCGCGCCGUCGCCACCUACAAGGAAAUGCAUGGCAAGAUCAACUGGGCAACGCCAUGUGAGGAUGAAAAGCCAGAACCAGCUGCUGCUACUACUGCAGAAGUAGAGGAACCCAUCACUGCUGAAUCAGAGGAUGAGCACAAAGAGAAAGGUGCCAACUGUGACAACACACCCUGUGGUCUGGUGGGGACACCGCAGCAGCCCUCUGAAGAAAGACAGGCAGUUGAGCAAGCUCCUCUUCAAGAAACUGAUCCCGGGAAAGAGACACAUGGUUCAGAGUCUAAGACACUCUCUUCAAAUGCUACUGAUGCUGAUGGAAAUGUGAGCUCAAGCCAGCAAACAUUUGAGUACAACGAAUUGCUCAGACAGUACUAUGAGCUUGAGGAGAAGAGUCGGAACGUUCUUCAGCAACUCCAACAGACGAACUACUGGAAUUAUCAAGCAUCAGGAUAUGCUUCUACAACCCAACAGCAGCAAAUUCCUGCCUACAGUGCCACAGCUCCAGAUCCUCACUCAUCUACCACUCAAUCCUCAUGCUGCUACUGGAAUGUUCCCCUGGUAUCUGUCUCCUGCUGUUCAGCUGGCCAACCAAGUGAAGGUUCUGCUUUUAUGCCGCCUAAUGGUGGCUGCAGUGUAUCAUUGACUUGUGAUCAGUGUCCUGGUGCAAGCACCACAUACCCCAGCGUUUCAAACUUCACGAAGCCACCAAAAAAUUUAUCUCCAAAUGGUGACCAAGUUGCUAAGGCUGCAAUGAUGACCGCUGAAGGUGCCUUGAAUUUUAUGAGCAGUACAGUAUCUGGACAGCCUGGAUCCCAAAAAACCGAGUCAGAAACUGGAAAGGAUGAAAGCACAAGUAUGGGCAUGAAACCGAAUCUUGAUAUAACUGGAGCAGAUAGUGAUCUUGCUGUUCUCUUAAAUGCAUGGUAUGCGGCUGGGUUCUACACUGGCAGGUACCUCGCACUGCAAUCUUCAAAAAAUUCAAGACAAUAAUUUAUGAGGUUAUGGCCAUGGUGUGGUAGAGUUCUACAAGAAGUUAUUGUUUCACCGAUGGUGCCAAUGCUAUGUAUGUUGAGCAAUCCACUCAAUCUGUUAUGUAACUGAACAUUCUGAAUUUCCGAUGGAGCUGUGCUGUUUCACACUUACCAGUCUUUUCAGGCUAGAACUGUGGUAUGCUCAUGUAUGAACCUUUUGUUAUUUAAGUAAACUGUUGCCUCAACCUAUUAUAAGGUUCCUGGCCUCAUGUAACUGGUAACUUGGUGAAAUUGCUUUUGCGGUUAACUGGUGGUGGUAAUGUCUA